UCAUCAAGGGCUUGCAAAAGAGCUGUUACGAAACAGGACACAAGCAGCCGGGAUGAUUGCCCUAUUAGUAGUUGACCAGUUACAAAAUAGCAAUCACCAAUGCAGGCAGGUACGUGUUGAUUGCUGCAUUGGCUUCGUAAAUAGGCUUCAUAAGGAACUAAAUGGCUCAGCACAUGACACCUUCACUGUGCAGAAUAUUUGAUAGUACUGACUCCCGUUGAGUAGAGUCGUGUGUCUUUGGCGUGAUUUGAAGUCGACUUCUGAUGUGGGAUUUAGCUCAUUUUUAAAAGAAUAUUUGCUGAGGAUUCGAAAUGAUAAGACAAAGUAAAUGCCCUAAAUACAGGCUGCCAGUUAAAUGCAGCAAUGACACGGCUAAAGUGUGUCAUUGCCGGACCAAAGAGCGGGAAUUGUCUGCCGUUGCAUCUUCAGUCAUGAGACAGGUAAUAGCGGAGCUCCGUGGUGCUGAAAAAGACAGCGCCCCUGGCCAUUUGGCAACGCCUAUUUCCCGUUGGAGGGAUACUUGACAUGCUAUAGGCACAGUUCAGUACACCCCUCAUCCAACAGAGCCCCUCCUAUAAUUGGUCCCAGAAUCAUCCACUUGAUUCCCGACCAUCAACCGAUUCUCGGGGUGCAUUGGUGUAAAAUGUGGUCGUCGAGAUAAAGUUCUAUAGGCUACAUGGGGUAAUGGCAUCCAGAGCUUACAGAUAAAGAGUGCAGUAGGCUAGAGAGAAAAGUAGCAUUCCGUUUUUCAUAAAGUAGGUCAAUGUAACUUACCCUCUUUUGAUACUUGAGAAACAUACAUUCACAUGAUGUCCAAAUCUGCAAGAGACAAACCAGCAGAACAUCAGCAGGUGAACAAAAGGGUUAAGUGAAUAUGAUUUAAGAGCAGUCAAAUGAAGUAAUAGUGACAUUUGACCACGUACUUGUUGUGACAAUUGCAUCAGGUUUGAGGGAGAAAUGCUCUGUGUGGCCAUUGUGAGUGGCACUUCUGAUCCAGCAGGUGGUGGGUGUUAAGAUCCCUUCCUAUGUGGCUUGAAUGAUGAGCCAGUGUUGGAAAAAUGACUUGUGGUACAGCGGGUGGCGGUGAAAUGUCUCCCUAUCUAUAUGACUUGACCUACUCCUUUGACAUUGUUCACUUGAUUGGAGAUGAUUCCGGUCUUCUUCAUGUCCUCUUCAUGAGCACUUCUGCAUGUCUUCCUUCCUGUCUUGCCAUGUGGGUUCCACGGAGGUGUGUGUUUUUGUUAGAUACCACUGGGCACAUUCCUAACGUGGAGGUCGUUUGCAUAGCUCAUGUUAGUCUACGGACGGUCUGACAUUGCUCGUCCAUAUUUUGAUGUAUUCCAAUUCCAUUUGGGUGUAUUGUGUGGAAUGUUGGAACAUGGUUCGAUCUUACUUGUUAGACUUGACUGUGCUGUUGGAGCUCGUUAACACAAGCAUUUCUGCUAAACAGGUGUAUGUAUAUCUCUCUAGUCACCCCCAAACCCAAUUCUUUCUUUGGCCGCAUCUCCUUCCAGGUCUCUGCUGCCAAUGACUGGAAGGAAGUCCAAAAAUCUCUGAAACUGGAAACACUUAUCUCCCUCACUAGCUUUAAGCACCAACUGUCAGAGCAUCUUACAGAUUACUGCACCUGUACAUAGCCCACCUAUAGUUUAGGCCAAACAACUAGCUCUUUCCCUACUGUAUUUAAUGAAUUUAUUUUGCUCCUAUGCACCCCAUUAUUUUUAUUUCUACUUUGCACAUUUCUUCCAUUGCAAAUGUACAAUUCCAGUGUUUGACUUGCUAUAUUGUAUUUACUUUGCCACCAUGGCCUUUUUUUGCCUUUACCUCCCCUAUCUCACCUCAUUUGCUCACAUCGUAUAUAGAGUUGUUUAUACUGUAUUAUUGACUGUAUGUUUGUUUUACUCCAUGUGUAAGUCUGUGUCGUAGUAUGUGUCGAACUGCUUUGCUUUAUCUUGGCCAGGUCGCAAUUGUAAAUGAGAAGUUGUUCUCAACUUGCCUACCUGGUUAAUUAAAUAAAGGUGAGAAGAUUAAAAAAAGGGAAAAAAAUGUGGCUAUUUGAUUAGGACUUUUCUUCUAUGUGUCGCAACUCCAUUUCCACUUUAUGUCCCCGUUAGGGAGGUGUAAUUUAUGCUGCAGGCUAAUUACAAAAUUGUGGUCCAAGUUCAACUCCUAGCCUAUAGGGUGUGGUAACAGGCCCUCUGUUAUUUGUUGUUGUACUCUGCAUGUGAAGUACUCUGCAUGUGAAGUAUCUGCACUGUAGCCUAUAGAAGAAGUAAGCCCUUGUUAAUAGGGGAACGCAAGCAGUUGAAGGGAACAAGUGACAGAGUCUAACCUGCUGUUGAACACAAACUCCCAGUCCUAUGAUGUUGCUCUGUGAAGAAGCUGCAUCCCAGCAAGUUGAAGGCCGGCAGCCACUAAGUAGAGGAAUGUUUUACAGCGUUUCAGCUUGCAGAGGUAUCACCACCCUUCCCAUGGCCACCUGGAUCCUGUCUAGGGAAGAAAACGAAGAAUGAUGUUAUUACAUGGCCUUCAAGAGCUACAUGACUGCUGAGGUGACAUAUCGGACCCCUUAGGAUUUGUGGCAUUCCUUGUGUAUUUGUCGUUUCUCCUUUGUACUUGUGACACUAUUAGAGUUUUUUUACGCCUAUCUCUAUUAGGUGUGACUGGCAACUGCAGUGGGUUGAAUCCUACUAGUUCAGUGUUUCCCAACUCCAGGCAGGGGUAGAGUAGCCAUUUGUGUUGUAGCCCUGGAGAGGCACAGCUGAUUGAAAGAGUUGAAUGAGGUGCAACAACAACAACAACAACAACAACAACAACAACAACAACAACAGCAAUCAAUGUGAAGAGUGGGACACAGAUUAGUAGUGGAUCCCCCAGUUGUCACAGUUGGGCCUUGUGUUCAACAUAGCUCAGUAUUUGAGUGUGUUUCCCGCACAUGUAAGUAGCUUUCAUUUCUUCUUCCUCCAUAGUUCCCUAGAACUAACGCCCUCCCCUUUGCAGCAGAGGCCAGGCAAAAGCGCGCGCUUUCUGUGCCACUGGCUUCAAUCAGGUCCACCAAACGCAGAUAAUAAGAGCACCAAGCAGGAAAAAUUACGUCAUUAAUUCACUUGAACUCAGCUAGCGAACACACAAUGUCUGGAAGAGGUAAAGGCGGCAAGGGACUCGGAAAAGGAGGCGCCAAGCGUCACCGUAAGGUUCUCCGCGAUAACAUCCAGGGAAUCACCAAGCCCGCCAUUCGCCGUCUGGCUCGCCGUGGCGGCGUGAAGCGUAUCUCCGGGCUGAUCUACGAGGAGACCCGCGGUGUCCUGAAGGUGUUCCUUGAGAACGUGAUCCGUGACGCCGUCACCUACACCGAGCACGCCAAGAGGAAGACCGUUACGGCCAUGGACGUGGUCUACGCUCUGAAACGCCAGGGACGCACCCUGUACGGUUUCGGCGGUUAAACGCACUCUUCUCGGAACGUCAACAUCCCGACUUGAACCCAAAGGCUCUUUUAAGAGCCAC